GCACCCAGAGGAACACGACCAGCCUACCUACACCAAGCAGCAUGUCUGGCAGGGCUCCAGCGUGUUGAUCAGAAACUCACUGGCAGAAGAAUAAGGUGUUCUGCCUAACAAGUGCCUUGAAAGCAAAACUAGUCUCGCUUUGAGCUGUCUAUGAAAAACCGCAAAAGGACUGGCAUAAAAAUCCUUGUCAAGCCUGUGGUGACCUGGGGUCAACAAAUCCUGAACGUGGUACUCGAAUCAAAGGCUGCACAGUCCCACAAGAUUAGCAGGUUUUUGGUUUGUGAGAAAAUACUUCUUUGAUAGUUGAAGUGCACACAUUAGUAUUAAAUGCGAGUAUCCAAAGAUCUGGCAAGAGAUCUCUAAGCUAUUCCUGAUUUUCUCCUCCAAUCAUGUUCCAGCCCACUGAGAGAAGAAACUGUCAACAUGAAUUCCUGCCGUACCUGAAAGCCACCUGGGCUGACCUGUACGAUUCCACAGAAAGCACUUGCAGAGAUCUUCUGGAGACUUGGAGCUCUCUGGAAGCCACACAUUACACAAUGAAAAUUAUUUUGUCCUUCCUUCUUGCAAUGGGCAUCAUAGUGACACAUGGUGAUGCAUUCUGCUUUAGUAAAAUGUUCAAGCCAGGAGAGGCUAAAAAUGGCUGCAUGUUGGAUGGAGUGUUGUACCCCUUUGGAGAGAUCCCAAGGACAGAAGAAUGCCUCACAUGCAGCUGCAGCCAACAUGAAAUGCAUUGCUGCUCCCUCUAUCAUACUCCUGUGGAUUAUGACAAAGAAACAUGUAAAGUCAUUUUCAACAAGAAAAAAUGUGACUAUGAUGUGCUGCCGAAGGACCCCUCAAAGCCGUGCUCUCGGUACAGUCGUGUAGGCUAACAAUGUGCCUGCUCCAAGCCUCUCUGUGCUGUGUGAUUUGCCCAUUCCUAGAAAAGCUUUGCCAUCACAGAGAUGCAUGAAGACAUGAGAGAUCUUAUAACAAAGAGUACUUCAGUGGAUCCCUUUUAAUCUCCCAGUUACUCUAAUUCAAUAUACAAGAUGCAUAAUCAGAGACAAAGUCUUAUUUCUGUCAUUACUUGCACUGAUAUCACUGAGCUUUGUUGAAUGCAAUAAAUCCAGAUGAAACAUCCAGAA